AUGUCGAAUCCGGACCUGGUCGGGUACACGCACGACUUCCUCACGGAGUUCAUUCAACUCUACCGAAGCUUCCCCUGCUUGUGGCAGGUCAGGUACAAAGGUUACAAGGACCGGUUGCUGCGAAACCGCGCCUACGAUGCCCUCGUGCAGAAAUUGCGCGAGGUCAAUCCGGUCGCGGACAAAGAGACCGUAAUACGGAAGAUCAACACACUCCGGACCGCUUUCAGACGCGAGUACAAAAAGGUGCGAAGCUCCCAGAGAAUGGUAAAGAAUCCUUGGCAACGGUACAGAUCGUCGUUGUGGUACUACGACAUAUUAAAAUUCGUGGCCGAACAAAACGAGCCAACUGCCAUGGAGGAGGAGAAGGAACUCGUCAAGAAUCCACCGAUCCCGGUGGAGAACUAUCACGAGCAGAUGUUCAUUCAAACCGACGUAGACAAGAUCGAACCACCAUCGCCGGUACCUUCCCCGGAAGCUAGCCCAGACCCGAACUUUCAACCGGUGAUCUUGGAGACCGAGGGAUCCUACGCGAGGCGAAUUUCGUCGUCUGUGUCCGGUGUCGACACGUUCAAAAAGAAACACCAACAGGAAGGCUUUCCAACGAAAGAAUCGACUCACGAUGUUCCGUCUUCGAGACCGUUCGCAGCCUGCGUGACCGACGACGAGUUCGACACGUUUGGUCGUUACGUGGCGAACAAAUUGAGGAAAUCGAUGCCCCGGCAGGGCAUUAUCGCUGAGAAAAUAAUCGCGGACGUACUUUUGAGAGCGAAUCUCGGCACCUUGGACGAGUCCACGUCGCUUACGGAGAAAGUACCCUCCCGUUGCUUCUUAGUGAUGGGGGAUCGUUGA